AUGUUUUCUUUUGAUGUCUUACACAAUAUGUUCGAUACAAUUCGACGAAAAUUUAGCCGAAAUAGUCAAAGAAAACAAAGAUCUGUUGGUGCAGCAAGUGUAAUUAGUGAUGGAACAGAUUCAUUAAGUGAAGAUUUUAAAAGUAUACAAAACUCAAUCUCUUCAAUACAUAAAACAUCCUCUAUUAUAUUAAAAAGUUUUGCACCACAAACAUUGUCAAUAACUACAUCAAAUUCGUGCAUCGAUGAAAAUAGUCCAUGGUUUUACAACAAUAUAACUAGACAAAGUGUUGAAUUGGCUUUAAAAGUUCGUUCUGUUGGCAGUUUUAUUCUCCGAAAUAGUUCGUCAUCCCCCAAUUCGAUGGUAUUAUCUGUUCGAGUACCAAAGUAUAUCAAAAAAUCUUUAGUUGUUCAUUAUCUGAUUGAUUAUGAUAGAGAUGGAUGCAAGUUACGAGGGACAAAAAAGUUAUUCACAACAUUAUCUGCAUUAAUUGUACAUCAUUCAAUUGUAACAGAAAAUCUUCCUGUAGCACUUGAUUUACGGCAAUAUUAUCCCGAAUCCAGUCAAUCGAAAGAAUAUUCCGAUUAUCUUACGUGA